AGUUGGUUUUGUGUUUUUACCCACCCACUUUGGCCCUCUUAGAAUUUCCCAGACUAGAGAGUCUCACUUCUUUUGCUAGCUGAACUCUCCUUCUUAAAGGAUAAAUCACUCUCAUUCUUCCUUCCAGCUCUCUCUUUCAUAAAUUUCCUAAUUGCUUCUAGGUAUGGCCACUGAAGCAACUGUCGCAGAUGUUGAAGCGCUCCAGCAGGGUAUUGCAGAUGUUCGUUCUGACUCUACAGCAACAAACUGGUGUUUAGUCAAUCAUCAAGAUGGUGAUCCAGCUGUUAUUCAGUAUCUUUCGUCUGGUUCCGGUGGUGUUCCUGAAUUAGCUGAUCAGCUUGAUAACAAACAGUACAUGUAUGCACUAGUUCGUUUAACAGAGACAAUUGAUAUGUCUGAGACUACAAAGUUUGUCUACAUCACUUGGGCUGGGACUGAAGUCAGUUUUACAAAGAGGGGGAAAUACGGAGUCGUUUCCGGAAGCGUUGAGAAACACUUUAGUCCGUAUCAAGUAUCUCUUACUUGUGAUACUCUUGAAGAAGUUACUGAUGAAUAUUUGAUGUCAAAAAUACAAGAGACAAGUGGUACAAAGAAUAAAGUAUUGGAUGCCUCAGAGGGAAAGACAAGACCAGAGCGAGGCUUUGUAUCUUCAUCAACAGCCUCUGGUUCUCGUGGUCCCAUGUCACCAACUGGUAGGGGAAGUGUCUCGAGAACUGGAAAGCAGGGAUCACAAUUUGGCGGAUUCACAGCUCAAGCUAAAGGAGGAUCAAGUGUGAAACUUGAUGAGUCAUUUAAGGAAGCUGUUGCUGCAGUUCGUAGUGAUGAAGAUGAGACUGUCUGGUUAAUAGCUGAUUUUCCUGGCAAUGAUGUAAGGAAGCCCCUACAGUGUUCCCUGACUGGGAAAGACUUGAAUGAGCUUGUGCCUGGCGAAGUUUUUAAACCAGAAAACAUUACACUUGCUCUCUUGAGAAUUACUGAUGUUGUGGAUGACAUUCCAACUGUCAAAUUUGCUUACAUUCUGUGGGUAGGAGAUAGUGUAAAGCCAAUGAGCAAAGGGAGACUAUCAACAACAAAGGGAGAAAUAGAAGAUAUAUUUAACCCAUUCCAUGUCCACGUCCAAGCAUCUUCCCUUCAUGAGGUUAAAAUCCAGACCAUCGUAGACAAGGUUGGAUUAGCUUCUGGUUCUAAGAGUAACGUCAAGUAGUUCCUGAGUCUCUAGCACCUCCUACUAGUUUCGUGUGCAUGUACAUGUGUGUAUGAGUGUAACCCUGUUAUAGUAAUCUAAUGAUACAACGAAACACUCAAGCUUUAGUAAUUUCUGUCAGUACCAAUUGUUAUUGUUAUUAUUAUUAUUAUUAUUCUUGCACAAUGGUCUAAUUCUUUUUACAUA